AUGACUUCUUUUGAGACAAACUCGCCAUUUUCCUACGUUCAACAAGGCAAAGGCAUUCUCCAUGAGAUUGUAUUCUACCUUCCUGGUGAAGAUGGUGCUGAUCGUGAACGAAAAGCAAUGGUUCCGCUUGGCAAGACCAAGAAUCUUGAGUCCUUUUGCACAAUGUUUCUCUCCUUCACGAACCUCUGCAAACAUUGGAGUCUCACAGGCAAUACUAAUGCCGUUGGUGCUCUCAAGUUCGCUCUCUUUGAACACCAUCUUGGCGGCAAUGCCCUCCAUGAGUGGCAAAUCAUAUCGAACAACGCGCCAAGUAAUUCGGUCGCGUAA